GGACCUCAGAGUGGUCUCCUUUCAGAACGAUGCAGGUCUAGCCAGGUUUCGGACCGCCAUCGCCCACCUCUCUGCUGUCGCAUAGUGUUCCAACCCUCGUUGGUCAGAAUGGUGACCCCUCUCGUCAAGCGCGAUGUUAUCAAGAAGCGCGUCAAGAAGUUCAAGCGCAUGCAGUCUGACCGCAAAAUUUGCGUUAAGACCAACUGGAGAAGGCCCAAAGGUAUCGAUUGUAGGGUUCGCCGUAAGUUCAAGGGUACUACGUUGAUGCCCAACAUUGGUUACGGAUCCAACAAGAAGACGAGGCAUGUGCUUCCCAGCGGAUUUGUGAAAUUUUCGGUACACAAUGUGACCGAUCUUGAACUUCUCUUGAUGCACAACAGGAAGUACAGUGCUGAGAUUGCACAUAAUGUAUCCACAUUGAAGAGGAAGGCCAUCGUCGAGCGAGCUGCGCAGUUAAAUGUGGCAGUGACGAACGGCAGUGCACGCUUGCACAGCCAAGAGGAUGAGUAGAAGAUGGUAUGGAGCAUUUGAAGUGCAAGACCAAUUGUUUUAUCAUAUCUAGUUAUAUUUAAUCUUUAUGCUUUCUUUCUAUGUGCAAUUAAUUUAUAAGGAUAUAUCUCAUGUUAAAUGGGAUCAAGAUGGUUUUUUAACCAAAAAGGUGAGAAUGUAUUUACUAAUUUAAUUUUUACUAGAGACAUGGUUGUUGAUGUUGAAGAUCAACAAGUACUUGCUUAGUUACAACCACAUAAAGAUUAAGCAUAGUAAGUUGCUACUAGUCAAAAGGCAACAAAGAGUUAUAGGAAGUUAUUGUGGUGGCAUUAAGGAUUUGUUGGUGGUGGUUAGAUUAAGAAAGAAUUUAGGGUUUAGUUGAAUGAAGUAAAAAUGGAUGUAAUAUCAAAAGGAUGGAAGUUGUUUCGUUGGUUAGCAAACCACCACCUGUAAGUAAAAAGUGUUAGAAGUAAGAAGUAUCUUUUUCCACACUUCUUUUAGAGUACAAUUUUUGUUGAUGGUAAGUAUUUGUAGCUUUUAGAUUUUUUUUUUAAAUAGGUUAUGGAUCCACUCA